CUUGCUUGGGUGAUCCGGGUGCCUGGUUUCUCGGUUCCGCGGCUUCCGCUGCUGUUGGAUUCGCCGAGCCGGAGCCGCCGGAGAUGACCGUCGACGAGCUGAAGCUGCAGGCGAGGGCCAGCGGCGGCCACGGCGCCAAGGACCAGUUCCCCGUCGGCAUGCGCGUGCUCGCCGUCGACGACGACCCGACCUGCCUCAAGAUCCUCGAGAACCUCUUGCUCCGCUGCCAGUACCAUGUGACAACAACGGGACAGGCAGCCACGGCCUUGAAGCUGCUGAGGGAGAAGAAGGACCAGUUUGACCUUGUGAUCAGCGACGUCCACAUGCCGGACAUGGACGGCUUCAAGCUCCUCGAGCUUGUGGGCCUCGAGAUGGACCUCCCGGUCAUUAUGCUGUCUGCAAAUGGGGAGACACAGACAGUCAUGAAGGGGAUUACCCAUGGAGCAUGUGACUACCUGCUGAAGCCAGUGCGUAUUGAGCAGCUGAGGACUAUAUGGCAGCAUGUGGUUAGGCGGAGGAGUUGUGACGCCAAGAACAGUGGCAAUGACAACGAUGAUUCGGGUAAAAAGUUGCAGGUGGUGAGCGCUGAAGGUGACAAUGGCGGUGUUAAUCGCAACAAGAGAAUUUCACGCAAGGGUAGGGAUGAUAAUGGUGAUGACGGUGAUGAUUCUGAUGACAACAGUAAUGAGAAUGGAGACUCGUCGAGCCAGAAGAAGCCAAGGGUUGUGUGGUCUGUUGAAUUGCACCGAAAGUUUGUGGCUGCUGUCAACCAGCUUGGCAUUGACAAGGCUGUUCCAAAGAAAAUAUUGGAUCUUAUGAAUGUUGAGAACAUCACAAGGGAGAACGUUGCAAGUCAUCUGCAGAAGUAUCGGCUGUAUCUGAAAAGACUCAGCGCAGAUGCAAGCAGGCAGGCUAACCUAACUGCUGCAUUUGGAGGAAGAAACCCUGCUUAUGUGAACAUGGGACUAGACGCCUUCAGGCAGUACAAUGCAUAUGGGAGAUACCGGCCAGUUCCAACCACUAACCAUUCACAGCCAAACAACCUCCUUGCAAGGAUGAACUCUCCUGCAUUUGGUAUGCAUGGUCUGCUGCCUUCGCAGCCACUUCAGAUUGGACACAACCAGAACAAUCUGAGCACUUCCCUAGGGAAUGUCGGGGGGAUGAACAACGGCAACCUGAUCAGGGGUGCGCAUAUGCCACUGCAGGAUACUAGCAAAUGCUUUCCUACUGGCCCUUCUGGUAAUUCGUUCGCGAACAUAUCAAACAGCACACAACUGGUUACGACAAACAACUUGCCAUUACAGUCUCUUGAGCCAAGCAACCAACAACACCUUGGUCGGCUGCAUUCCUCUGCAGACCCUUUCAACUCAUUUGUUGGUGAGCCCCCCCAGUUUGCAGAUCUUGGAAGGUGCAACACCACCUGGCCAACCGCGGUCUCAUCAUCCAAUGUUCAGGAGAUUGGCCAGAAGGACAGGAUCGUGAAUAGGCCCAAGCUUGAGCCUCUCUCAAGCUUUACAGAAGCAUCCAGUCAGAUCCCUUUGCUGGGAAGUGAAAUGCAGAGCCACCAAGUAGCAUCACUAGCCAGCAACGGUCUUCCGAUGCCGUUCACUCAGGAAGCGGUGCCCUUCGCUUAUGGAAGCAGCACGAACUCGAGAGAGAUGCUGAAUAACAACCUUGCGCUUAGUAAUUCAGGCGUCAACUCUACAUUGCCGAACCUUCGCAUAGACGGUUCUGUUGUUCCAGGGCAGACACUGGGUGGUAGCAAUUCAGGUGGUUGUGUUGUCCCCCCUCUGCAAGAUGGCAGGAUUGAUCACCAAGCUGUCAGCAGUCAUCUAAACUACAACAACGAACUCAUGGGGACAGGUAGGCUGCAAAGGGGACUUAGUGGUGGUCUGGAUGACAUUGUCGUGGACAUGUUUAGGCCGGACCGCGCAGACGAUGGCGUCUCCUUCAUUGAUGGGGACUGGGAACUGGUCUAGCAAGUUUCAGUUCUCUACAUCAAGUCUGCCUUCGUGUGAGAUUUUCCGCAUUUGUGGUUGUGGAGGGGUUCGGCGCUUGAUUGGUCCAAAGUUGUUUAUAGUAGCAAGAUUGCAUCACAAAUGCCCUUUGCAUUUGGUUUUUCAGUUUAGCGACCAGGUUCCAGUGUCACGUCCGAAUAUCAACUAUGUGGUAUUUGCUACCUUAACUCGUAUGGCUAUGUUUUCAAGUCAGGUGUUAACUGUGGCUAUCGUGAUAUAUACAGCAUGGUUAUGAGCC